AUGUCUCCACCUGUUAGGGUCAUCAGCCAUUACGCGAGCCCAUUCGGGCACCGCGUUGAGGCCGCUCUGCUGCUCAAGGGCGUGCCUUACGAGCUGAUCGCCGAGGAAGACCUGAGCAACAAGAGCGAGCUGCUGCUCGCCAGCAACCCUGUCCACAAGAAGGUGCCCGUGCUCCUCCAUGGCGACCUGGCGGUCUGUGAGUCCCUCGUCAUCGUUCAGUACGUCGACGACGCCUUCGACGGGCCGUCUCUCCUGCCUGCCGACCCCUAUGACCGUGCCAUGGCCCGUUUCUGGGUUGACUUCAUGGAAAACAAGUGCUCCAAGUCGUUCUGGCUGGCACAUUGGGCGGAGGGUGAGGCGCAGAAGGCUAUGGUGAAAGAGGCCAAGGACAACCUGGCGCUCCUGGAGGCGCAGCUCGACGGGAAGAGGUUCUUUGGUGGUGACACGGCCGGCUACGUCGACAUAGCCGUGAGUGCGUUAGGUCCUUUUCUCUCAGUGCUUGAGGAGGUGACUGGACUGACCUUGGUGGACGCCAAGGAGUUCCCUGCUCUACGCCAGUGGUCCAAGGAGUACAAUUCCAAUGAAGCGCUGAAGCCUUGCCUGCCGGACAGGGACCGACUCGUCGCCUACUUCACUGAAAACAUCGAGAUGUACAAAAUGAUCGCCAAGACAAUGUUGCAGCAGUAG